AUGGCUACUCAAAUAACAGCAACCUAUACCAACACAAACUCCGCCAGUGACUCUUCCUGCUCUCUAUCUUCUACCACACCCUUCACACUCGCAACACCAUUUACUCUCCCGGACUCCGACUCCUCUGGACAUAAGACCUCGCACCUAAACAUACUACGCGAGGCCGUAUCAACGCUACAAGAGCGCGUGAAUAAUGAAUUAACGACGCGCAUGGAGGAAGAGGCACGCGAGAUAGCCGCUGCAUCCACUUUCUUUAAGAGUGCCAGUGUCAAUACUAUCAAUGAAGCUGCUGAGGAAGAUAAUUACGGUGAGGAGGUAGUGGAGGAUGAAGAGUAA